AUGAUGAAUCGGGCUAUUAAACCUUAUGAUGUGUUCAUUAACCAUAGAAGUAUCGACACAAAACGCAAUGUAGUUGCGUUGCUCUAUGAUCACCUUUCCCGGUUAAACAUACGUCCUUUCUUGGACAAGAAGAACAUGAAACCAGGUGAUAAGUUGUUUGAGAGUAUCAAUGGAGCAAUUAGGCAAUGUAAGGUAGGUGUAGCUGUGUUCUCUCCUCAUUAUUGUGAGUCAUACUUCUGCCUUCAUGAGCUAGCUCUUAUAAUGGAGUCCAAGAAGAAGGUUAUUCCUGUCUUCUGUGACAUUAAACCAUCACAACUUCACAUUACGAACAAGGGACUGUGUUCUGCAGAGGAGAUACAGAGGUUUAAUUGGGCUCUUGAAGAGGCUAAGUACACCGUAGGGCUCACGUUCGACUCCUUAAAAGGGAACUGGUCGGAAGUGGUAACAAGUGCAUCGGAUAUUGUCAUCAACAGCUUAAUUGAAAUGGAGAAUGAUAAGCAAAUGCAGAGCAGAAAAUUUUCUAUGCCUGCUUAGAACAAAACUUCUUCCUAGCUCCUACAACAUAGUAAUCCAAAACCUUGAUCUUCAUGCUUUCUGGUUUCAAUUUUUUAUUGAAUUAAUUCUGGUUAAUAAGUUGUAAAAUGAAUGAUUCAUUUUAUUUUUUGUCCUCA